AUGAGUGAAGUCGGGCUUCAGAAGGAGAUCCUGCCCCCCCGACCAAUAGGGAGAUCCAGGUAUCAAUCCCCCGACAGACCCUGGACACAUGUCAGCAAGGGAGAUAUUCGUCCCCCCGUCAGCAAGGAGAUCCAUUCGUCCCCCGUCAGCAAGGAGAUCCAUUCGUCCCCCCCCCGUCAGCAAGGAGAUCAUUCGUCCCCCGUCAGCAAGGAGAUCCAUUCGUCCCCCGUCAGCAAGAGGAGAUCCAUUCGUCCCCCGUCAGCAAGGAGAUCCAUUCGUCCCCCCACGUCAGCAAGGAGAUCCUUCGUCCCCCCGUCAGCAAGGAGAUCCAUUACGUCCCCCCGUCAGCAAGUCAGCAAGAAGGAGAUCCAUUCGUCCCCCCCCGUCAGCAAGGAGAUCCAUUCGUCCCCCGUCAGCAAGGAGAUCCAUUCGUCCCCCCCGUCAGCAAGGAGAUCCAUUCGUCCCCCGUCAGCAAGGAGAUCCAUUCGUCCCCCCGUCAGCGUCCAGCUCCCCAAGCAGGAGAUCCAUUCGUCCCCCCCCCGUCAGCAAGGGAGAUCCAUUCGUCCCCCCCCGUCAGCAGGAGAUCCAUUCGUCCCCCCGUCAGCAAGGAGAUCCAUUCGUCCCCCCCACGUCAGCAAGGAGAUCCAUUACGUCCCCCCACCAAGGAGAUCCAUUCGUCCCCCGUCAGCAAGGAGAUCCAUUAAGGAGUCCCCCGUCCCCCCGUCAGCAAGGAGAUCCAUUCGUCCCCCCCGUCAGCAAGGAGAUCCAUUCGUCCCCCCCGUCAGCAAGGAGAUCCAUUCGUCCCCCCCCGUCAGCAAGGAGAUCCAUUCGUCCCCCCCCCACGUCAGCAGGGAGAUCCAUUACGUCCCCCCCGUCCAAGGAGAUCCAUUCGUCCCCCGUCACAAGGAGAUCCAUUCGUCCCCCCCGUCAGCAAGGAGAUCCAUUCGUCCCCCGUCAGCAGGAGAUCCAUUCGUCCCCCCCCCCCCGUCCCCCCCCGUCAGCAAGGAGAUCCAUUCGUCCCCCCCCAAGGAGAUCCAUUCGUCCCCCCGUCAGCAAGGAGAUCCAUUCGAUCCCCCGUCAGCAAGGAGAUCCAUCACGUCCCCCGUCCCGUCCCCCCGUCAGCAAGGAGAUCCAUUCGUCCCCCCCGUCAGCAAGGAGAUCCAUUACGUCCCCCCCCGUCAGCAAGGAGAUCCAUUCAGCAAGGAGUCCGUCCCCCCGUCAGCAAGGAGAUCCAUUACGUCCCCCCACGUCAGCAAGGAGAUCCAUUCGUCCCCCCACCAAGGAGAUCCAUUCGUCCCCCCCGUCAGCAAGGAGAUCCAUUCGUCCCCCCCCAAGGAGAGUCAGCAAGGAGAUCCACGUUCAGCGUCGUCCCCCCCCGUCAGCAAGGAGAUCCAUUCGUCCCCCCACGUCAGCAAGGAGAUCCAUUCGUCCCCCACGUCACAAGGAGAUCCAUUCGUCCCCCCCCGUCAGCAAGGAGAUCCAUUCAGCAAGGAGUCCCGUCCCCCCGUCAGCAAGGAGAUCCAUUCGUCCCCCCGUCAGCAAGGAGAUCCAUUAAAUUGCGUCCCCCCCGUCAGCAAGGAGAUCCAUUCGUCCCCCCCGUCAGCAAGGAGAUCCAUUCGUCCCCCCCAAGGAGAUCCAUUCGUCCCCCCCGUCAGCAAGGAGAUCCAUUCGUCCCCCCGUCAGCAAGGAGAUCCAUUCGUCCCCCCCCCGUCCAGUCCCCCCCGUCAGCAAGGAGAUCCAUUCGUCCCCCCCGUCAGCAAGGAGAUCCAUUCGUCCCCCCGUCAGCAAGGAGUCCAUUACGUCCCCCCGUCAGCAAGGAGAUCCAUUCACGUCCCCCCCGUCAGCAAGGAGAUCCAUUCGUCCCCCCCGUCAGCAGGAGAUCCAUUCGUCCCCCCGUCAGCGAGGAGAUCCCCCGUCAGCAGGAGAUCCAUUACGUCCCCCGUCAGCAAGGAGAUCCGUCCAUCCGUCCCCCCACGUCAGCAAGGAGAUCCAUUCGUCCCCCCCGUCAGCAGGAGACGUCCCCCCGUCAGCAAGGAGAUCAUUACGUCCCCCCCGCGUCAGCAAGGAGAUCCAUUCGUCCCCCCGUCAGCAAGGGAGAUCCAUUCGUCCCCCCAAAGGAGAUCCAUUACGUCCCCCCACGUCAGAGAUCCAUUCGUCCCCCCCCGUCAGCAAGGAGAUCCAUUACGUCCCCCCCGUCAGCAAGGAGAUCCAUUACGUCCCCCCGUCAGCAAGGAGAUCCAUUACGUCCCCCCGUCAGUCAGCAAGGAGGAUCCAUUCGUCCCCCCGUCAGCAAGGAGAUCCAUUACGUCCCCCCACGUCAGCAAGGAGAUCCAUACGUCCCCCCCGUCAGCAAGGCAAGGGGAGAUCCAUUCGUCCCCCCCCGUCAGCAAGGAGAUCCAUUCGUCCCCCCACGUCAGCAAGGAGAUCCAUUCGUCCCCCCCCGUCAGCAAGGAGAUCCAUUACGUCCCCCCGUCAAGACAAUGA